AGGCUCAGUAGCCACCCCCGCUGGCUAGAGGCCCGCACCCAUCCGUCUCACGACCUCGCUCGCGACCUCACCGGAGCGAUGUCGGACAGCAGCGAGGCGGAAGGAGACUCCGACAUGGAGCUCGAUGACCUCUUUCAGAAGCGACGCUGUACCGAUGUGCCCUGCUGCCUUUUGUUCGUGGUGGGCAUGGUGGCGCUGGUGGCUCUGUUCGUCCAUGCGAUGGUGGACGGCAAUACCAAGAAGUUGAAUCAUGGUAUCAACGCCAUGGGACAACAAUGUGGUGUGGAUCCGGAAGUGCUGGACAAGCCACUCUUGUACUUCUGUCCGGUGGACACGGCCACCGGCGAGCAUUCCGUGAAUUUGGACGAUCCCAUUUGUGUGUCGGAGUGUCCGCACGAAGGCUCCAACUUCGCGACCUUCGGUGGAUGUCGAACUCCCCGUGUCUACCCAACAACUCAGGUGGGCAGCCGCUAUUGCUUGCCAUCCUCCUCCACUGAAGCACAAGCUAGAGAGAAGGUGGAAGAGACUAUGAGAGAUAAUGUCUCAAAGUUUUGGGCUUUGGUGGAACGAGUGUGGAAAGCAUGGCCAGUACUUCUACUCACCGUGAUCGUGGCUUGUUUGAUGGGCUACAUCUUCCUUUUCAUGCUGAAGACCGUCGCCCGCUGCAUCAUUUGGAUUUGCGCCUUCAUUGGUUUGGUGGGCUUUAUUGGUUUGGGAGCAUACUUAUGGACUCAAGCCCAGGUCAAUGAAGGUUCCAUGAAGACAGGCCUACAGGUUUUGGCAGUGAUCUCCUGGGUCUUGAGUUCCAUCGUUGCUUUGCUGGUUUGCUGCUGUGGCUCGGCCGUGGAUUUGUCCACCGCUUGCAUGGGACAAGCUGCCAUCGUCAUUUGGCGCAUGCCAGUGCUCUUGUUGUCUCCACUCAUCAAGGCCAUUCUGAAGGCCACGGUUUGGAUCGUGCUUGCUGCUGGCUUCAUUCAGUUGUUGUCCACCGGCGACGUCACCGGCUUAGGCCGGGAACGGCACUUGUCGCUGUCGCAGGAGCAGAUUUGGAUGUUGGUGAUCUAUCUCUUCUUGUCCUUUUGGCUCCUAGCCUUUAUGAGUGCGAUGUACCAAUUCUCCAUCGCUUACGCGGCGGCCUCUUGGUAUGUGGCACCUCGAAAAGAUCUCAGCACCACCAGGAAAAGGGUGAACCAGUGUGCAAUCUUCGAAGGUGUUCGGAUUGGCAUGUGGUACCAUUCAGGUUCCCUGGCUUUGGGAUCUGCUUUGAUCGCCUUCCUUCAGCUCCUGCAGACCAUCUUGGAGUGGGCUGAGAAGAAGAGUCAGGUGGAGAUGAAUCCAGUGACUGGCUGUGUGGUGAAGUCACUUCUGUGCUGUUGCCGCUGUGUGGAAGGCAUCGUCCAAUUUGUGAACAAGAACGUUUACAUCGACAUUGCCUUGACCUCCAAAGGCUUUUGCACCGCCUUGGGAAGCAUCGGAGAGAUCAUCAUCCAUCAUGGUGCUGCCAUGGCGAUCUUGAACGGAGCGACCUUCAUCUUUCAAAUCGUGGGUAUCGCCUCCAUCACAGCUUGCUGCGGCCUCCUCUCUGCAGCUUUGUUGUCACAGGAGAAGUAUCGGAGCAUUGCGAGUGCAUCCUACAUGCCGAAUCCUGGAGUGGCCAUUGCAGUCUGCUGCGUUUUGGCCUUCAUCGUUGGUUGGGCCUUCAUGACCAUCUUCGACAUGGUCUCAGACACCUUGUUGAUUUGCCAUGCGGAAGACUUGGCACGUUCGGAUGGCCCCAAGCACACGGACGACAACCGGGAGUUUGCGGAGAUGUAUGCCAAGGCUGAGGAGCGAGCGAAGGAGUUGCAGGCCCAAGCGGAGUCCGAUGGAGAACAUCCACCCAAGCCUGGUCGCUACUCCCGGCACUAGUACUUAGUGGCCGCCGACUGGUCCAUCAGAGAGGUGAGUCGGUGGGUCGGUGGACUGGUCAGGCAGUCCGAUCGAUUUUUCGUGGAAAGGCAAAGGCCGGAAUCUCUUGGAGAGGCAAAUGUACCAUAUCGAGUU